AUGUUGUCCCUUUUACAAAAGGAGGGACUGCUUACAUCUCCCUCAGAUUUGUAUUCCCCGGGGUCCUGGGAUCCCAUCACCGCAGCGCUUUCCCAGCGGGCGAUGGUACUCGGGAAGUCAGGGGAGUGGAGAACUUGGGGAUUGGUCUUGGGGGCGCUGAAGGCAACACGAGAGGAGCAGAUUACAUCUGAACAGGCGAAGUUUUUGUUGGGCUUGGGGGGAGGGAAGGUGUCCCCCACAGGUCCCACAGAGAAGCCAACCGUGGAGCCUCAGGUCGGCGAAGAGAAAGAGAAAAUGACCGCACAGCAAGAGAUGAAGAUGGCGCCGGGAGAGGCGACCACGCUUAAAACCGUUGGCACAUCCGGUCAUUGUUGCAGAACGGAUGCUGGCUGCAGUCGCGCCACUGCUGCCCCCUCCGCCCCUCCUCCUUAUGUGGGGAGUGGCCUGUAUCCUUCUCUGGAGGGGUUGGGAGGGCCGGAGGGGGAGGGUGUAGCCACGUCGCCGGUGGGGCGGGACGGUCCGCCCCGAGGGGUGGGUCCGCCCCGAGGGGUAGAACCGCCCCGAGGGGUGGAACGAAGGGCGGAGCCAGGGUGCCUUGACUCGGCCCCUGGGCCAGCCUUGACUGAUUGGGCAAGGAUCAGGGAGGAGCUUACAACAGCGGGCCCGCCCGUGGUGGCCAUGCCCGUGGUGAUAAAAACAGAGGGACCGGCUUGGACUCCUCUGGAGCCAAAAUUGAUUACGCGAUUGGCCGACACGGUCAGGACCAAAGGCUUACGAUCUCCAAUUACCAUGGCAGAAGUGGAAGCUCUUAUGUCUUCCCCGCUGCUACCGUAUGAUGUCACGAAUCUUAUGAGGGUCAUACUAGCCCCCGCCCAAUAUGCCCUGUGGUCGGACGCUUGGGACGUCCAGCUACAGACGGUUAUAGCAGCGGCUACCCGAGACCCUCGACAUCCAGCGAAUGGUCAGGGGCGGGGGGAACGAACUAACUUGGAUCGCUUAAAGGGCCUAGCGGAGGGAAUGGCCGGGAAUCCUGAGGGCCAGGCUGCGCUUUUGAGACCGGGGGAGUUGGUUGCUAUCACGGCGUCGGCUCUCCAGGCGCUCAGAGAAGUCGCCCGGUUAGCGGAGCCUACAGACCCUUGGGCAGAUAUCACACAGGGGCCAUCUGAGUCCUUUGUGGAUUUUGCCAAUCGCCUUAUAAAGGCGGUUGAGGGGUCGGAUCUUCCAUCUUCGGCAAGGGCCCCCGUGAUUAUUGAUUGCUUUAGACAGAAAUCACACUCAGAUGUCCAACAGCUUAUACGAGCAGCGCCCUCCACAUUAACGACACCAGGAGAGAUAAUUAAAUAUGUUCUAGAUAGACAGAAGGUUGCUCCGCUCACGGACCAGGGAAUAGCGGCGGCCGUGUCGUCGGCCAUGUCGUCGGCCAUCCAACCCUUAGUCAUGGCGGUAAUUAACAAGCGAGGUGAGAAUGCUAGAACCCCGAUGCAGAAACAUUGGAAGCCAACCAUCCUUACAGAAGGGCCACCGGUCAAAAUACGCACAGAAGCGGAAAGGUUAAACCAGACUCAAGUCACGAAAGCAUUUCUGAUUGGAUACCCUGGGGAGGCGAGCAAGGAAGACCUGAAGAAGAGGCCGUCGGAGGCAAGCAAGAAAGAUCCGGAGAAGACGCCCUUGCUGCCGACGAGAAUUAAUGGAAUCGCAGUGUUUGUCUGUUUAUUAAUCCUAUGUGGGGUUACGGGGACGGCCGCUGAUACACACUUCAUUUCACAGCCAGGGAAUUUGUGGGUUACUUGGGCAAAUAAGACGGGCCAAAAUGACUUUUGCCUUAGUUUGCAAUCGGCAACAUCGCCUUUCCGCACCUGCCUAGUAGGUAUCCCUCAAUACAUGUUAGAAGCCUUUGCAGGGUACACCACAAACCAUUCUGCUUGCCGUAACGAUAUCGAUCUAGCAAGCCAAACGGCAUGCUUGAUAAAAUCUCUGAAUGUGUCUCUCCCAUGGGAUCCACAAGAAUUAGAUAUCUUGGGGUCACAAAAGGUGCGGAAUGGGUCGCGUAAUGGUACACGUACCUGUAUUACCUUUGGGUCAGCGUGCUGGAAGGAAGGUGACUUUUUGACCUGUGACUUGUUUGACGGGGUAUUUAACGGCUCCGAGGGAUUGAAAGGACAACUGCAGGCUUUAAUUGCUCGAUGGGUAGGCACAGAUCCACGGCUGAAAUCAUACAAUGAGACCUCCUGGACCGUGGUCAGUCCUAUGAACACAAAGGCCUUUUCCAUUACUUCGGGUUAUUGUGGGUAUACCAAAAAUGAGACACGGAUCUUCACACAGUACAAUACGACCUGUCUAUCAAAGGGUGGAGCCCUUUCGGGGUUUAGCAAGGGAUCCUCAUUUAACUGUACGGCAAUUUGGGAUUUUUAUGGGUAUGGAUUCACUUUCAAAAAAGGGGCCAAUGAGAUGCUAUGGAAUAAUAAGACGGCUAAGGCGUUGCCCCCUGGAAUCUUCUUAAUCUGUGGGGAUAGAGCCUGGCAGGGUAUCCCGCACAAUGCCUUAGGAGGACCCUGUUACCUAGGGGAACUGACGCUGCUGUCUCCGAAUUUCACGACAUGGAUGCAGUAUGGCCCGAACAUCACGGGUCACUAUCGCCGCCAGAAGCGUUCGAGCCCUCUCCCGGAGAACUGUAACGACGAGGUAGAAUUGUGGAGUGCCACGGCACGGAUAUUCGCGUCAAUUUUCGCCCCUGGGGUUGCCGCAGCACAGAGCUUGGCUCAGAUAGAACGCCUAGCGUGUUGGUCAGUUAAGCAGGCAAAUUUAACAACAUUAAUAUUGAAUGCGAUGUUGGAGGACACAAACAGCAUUCGACACGCGGUGCUGCAAAACAGGGCAGCCAUCGACUUCUUGCUCUUGGCACAAGGGCAUGGAUGUGAAGACCUAGAGGGAAUGUGUUGCUUUAAUCUCAGCGACCACAGUGUGUCCAUCCAUAAAGCGCUGAAAACCCUGCGAGACCAUACGGAAAAGAUCCAAGCGGAGGGCGACCCCAUCGGGGACGGGCUGAGAGGCGUGUUCGGGAAUAUAGAGGGGUGGGGUGUGCAUUUAUUGAAGGGUCUGCUUUUAGGGCUUGUAGUUAUCUUGCUUUUGAUAGUAUGUGCGCCUUGCCUUUUACAAAUCAUGUUAAGUUGUAUUCAAAGGAUGAUUGACCGCACAAUCAACUACCGCGUAGAGUAUAAGAAAAUGCAAACGGCUUGUAGGCAACCAGAAAAUGCGGUGGCAUAA